AUGGACAAAAUCUUCCCUCACCCCCCUUACGCCGAAGACCAACCACAUUCCCAUAUCAUCCUCCCCCUACACGUCAUUCGCGCCGGCCUAACCGUUGGUUCAAUCCUAUCCGUCGUCUCCGCCACCAUCUUCACCGCAGCAAAACAACCCCGAACCGUCCCCGUCUACACCACCCGACUCAUCACAUAUGCCAGCCGGGGCUCCGUUGCCGGCAUGCUCGCCGGCGCAGGAAUGGUGACUUUCAAGAUGCGCGGACGGGAAGAGAUCGAGUGGCAGGAUCGAUCGUGGAGGUUGCUGGAAAACAAGGGACAGAUGGAGAUGGAUCGAUGGGUCCCCGCUGGCGGAGUGCUUGGCGCGGUGGCGUGUGUGGUUGCCGCGCGGAGAGGAAAAGUGCCAAGCCUCGGGACAGGGACUGCGGCGCUCGGGGGACUGGGUUUAGGGGUGGCGGGUGGGGCGGCGGGAUAUGCGGGAUGGAGAUAUGGGGUCCAUGGGGGCAGGUUUGAUUGA